AUGCUAUUCAAAAGUUCUCCUACAAGACUUCGAUUGAGAAGACUUGGCAUUCGAUUUUACAUGCCUCUCCAUCUCCACUCAUCAAUGGCGAUCCCUCCUCUUCUCAACAGAUACACUAUUUUCUUAGUUUUCGUUUUGUUUUCCAACUGGGUUUACUCUGAAGACGAUGUUAGAUGGCUGAAAGGGGUGAAGAAUUCGUUAACUGACCCAGAGGAGAAGCUUAGUUCAUGGAGCUUCUUAAAUACUUCGGCUGGAUUCACUUACUCUUUACAGUACUGCACCAGCCUUCAGACCCUCGAUCUCUCCGAUAAUCGUCAGCCUGGUUCCAUCCCGCCUCAAAUCUACACUUGGAUACCUUAUUUAGUCAAUCUAGAUUUACCCCGCAAUGAUUUGAAUGGUGGAAUCCCCGUUGGUCUUGUAAACUGCACGUAUCCAAACAACUUGAUCUUAGAUGACAAAAAAUUGUCCGGGAAUAUCCCGGACGAGUUGUCGAAUUUGGAAAGGAUGAAAAAGCUUUUGCUUGAAAAUAAUGAUUUAUCCGAGAGGGUGCUCGCAUUUAAGUACGAGUCAUUGAAGCUUAAUAUAAGCGAGAAUAGUGGGCUUUGUAGCAGAAGAUGUGGAUUGAGUAAAGAAAGUCUGGCCAUAAUUAUCUCCGCAAGGGGUUGCCUGGGCACUCUUUUCAACGUUGUUAGGGUUAUGUCUAUGGUGGUGGUUUAA